AUGAAGAAAGGUAGCAAAAGCGCCUCCUCCGGUCCUCACUUCCCUUUGCUCUUAAAGGGUCAGGACGUCAUCAAUCUUGCUGUUCAAGCUCACGGCAAGAGCGAUCUAGUCAGAGCUUGUGUUGAAGAUGAGACCCCCGAGACCGUUCCGGAGGAAGUUAAGGAUCCUAUCAAGUUGUCUGGUAAACUUACCAGAGCUCUUCACAGGAAGCUGCAGCACAGCCCUAAUAAUUGGGGAGCUUAUACUACUUCGAGAGUUGGGUCAGCUAGAUUUCCUGAUCGAUACAAGGCGUCCUUCCCUGACUCAGUGACGGUUGCUGGUUUAGAAGUUUCUGAGGGUGAUUCAGUUUUCGAAGUUUCAUCCGGAGCAAGUACUUCCGAGAAGACUCAAUCACAGAAGAUGCCUAUUCAGCCUUCCUUCCGUUCCAGGGGUAGAUCGACCAAGGCUGCCAGCUCCUCUAGAGGAAGUGACAAGAACCAAGGGGGAUCCUUCCUUGACUCUGUGAAGGAGGCUCUUGACGAAGGAGGCUCUGCUCCUGCUAAAGGUGUUGGCUCUUCGGAGCCUAAAGUUCAGGAAGUCGGCCUUCCUUCCGAGGUCCCGAUGACCGAAGCUAACCCUCAAAUGGCGAGGGAUCCUCCUGAAUUUGAGCCCCCGAGAAACAAGAGGUAUGAGGUCUAUUUCAACUUUUAG